AUGAAGCGCUCACGAGAGGCCGAAGACGAGCCCGACUCGGAUUGCGCCGUAGUAGACGACCGGGACAGUCCAGAACCAGCUAACACAGACGAGCUUCCGGCUACCAAGAUCACCUACCUAGAUCCAUCAGACCACAGCAUCACCGGCGAAGACGUCAUCAUGAGGUGCCAUCUGCCGGGCCAUAAGGAUGGCAUGGCCUUCAGGUCAUAUGACGAGUAUCAGUCGCACUACCACAAAGCACACACCAACCGCUGCCUAGAAUGUCGCAAGAACUUUCCCUCGUCGCAUCUUCUGAGCGUGCACAUUGAAGAAUGCCACGAUUCUUUUGUCGCAGUGAAGCGAGAAAGGGGUGAGCACACUUUUUCCUGCUUUGUCGAAGGGUGUGAGAGGAAGUGCAUGACACACCAGAAGCGAAGGAUGCAUCUUAUCGACAAGCACAUGUAUCCCAAGAACUUCUUCUUUGCUGUCACGAAAGCAGGUAUCGACGGCCGCAGCUCUCUCCUAAUCGAGGAAGGCCAUCAUCGGAGGAGAUCGUCGGUGGGCAACCCCAACAACGCAAAAUCACUACGGCGAAGGUCAGGUCAGCAGGAGACAACUACGUCACCAGGUGAGGCUGGUCAGUCUACGGCGGCCGGCGCCAAAACAACACAAGCGAAGCCCCAACCGACAACAGGGCACUCUGAACGCCCCGACACUGACAUGGAGGAUCUGGCAGGGGCCAUGUCUUCGUUGCAGUUCAUUCCCAACGCUGUCCGGUUUGGGAGAGGGGGAGGCAAGGCAGGCUUCGCGAAGAAGUGA